AUGUCUCAAGACAGUAUCUAUGGCGAGGACUUCUAUGAGGAGAGCGAUCACUUCCACUACAUGCCGUACGACAUCGUAGUCCCGACUAUGGACUGGAUCGCCGAGAGGUUCUACCGCGAGCGCGAGGAGUUCGAGAGCAAGAUGGCCAAGCUCGAGCAGCUCAUUCGAAUGGCCAAGGCCAUGAUCGGUGACCUCGAGGCCCACCACAAGGCCGGCACGUCCGCCCAUACCCUGCUCCGCCGCUACUACUCCCGCGCCUACCGCGCCCGCCUCUUCUACAGCGUUCCUCCCCUGACUCCCCACGACACGCGCGAGCCGCGCGUUCCCGCCGAGGCUGCGGACCUGCUCCACGCCUUCCCGCCGCUCGAGCCGGGCCGCAGCAACGCCGGCGCCAUCGAGGAGAGCAUGCGCAAGGCCGACGAGAGCGCCAUGCGCGCCCGCGCCGAGGUCGAGCACCUGGUCCGCUACGUCUUGGAGAUGGAGCCGCGCAUCAUCACCCUCUGGCGCCUUGCCCGCGACGACGACGACGACGGGGAUGAUGAUGAUGGCGAGGCCAAGGAGAGUGCGGACGAGGAGCAUUUCGUCGAAUCUGCCUACGCCACCUUGGAUGCCCUGGCCGAAGACAAGAAGAAGCAGCUGGAGGGAAAGGAGGGCGGCGCUGGUUGGAAGGCCGAGCUUGUUGUCGGUGGACGUGACAAGAAGCAUGCGCCGCUCGACGGUUCUGAGGGCAACCCUACUGAGAAGUAG